ACCCACCAAAUCCACCAUGUCUGAAAUCAAACAAGAAACAGCGUUCUCUGCCCAUCCCUUCAUCCCUCUCUGCACAUUCCUUCAUCCCUCUCUGCCCAUUCCUUCAUCCCUCUCUGCACAUUCCUUCAUCCCUCUCUACCCAUUCCUUCAUCCCACUCUGCCCAUCCCUUCAUCCCCCUCUACCCAUUCCUUCAUCCCUCUCUGCCCAUUCAUCCCUCUCUGCACAUUCCUUCAUCCCUCUCUGCUCAUCCCUUCAACCCUCUCUGCCCAUUCCUUCAUCCCUCUCUGCCCAUUCCUUCAUCCCUCUCUGCCCAUUCCUUCAUCCCUAUCUGCCCAUACCUUCAUCCCUCUCUGCCCAUUCCUUCAUCCCUCUCAGCCCAUUCCUUCAUCCCUCUCUGCCCAUUCAUCCCUCUCUGCCCAUUCCUUCAUCCCUCUCUGCCCAUUCCUUCAUCCCUCUCUGCCCAUACCUUCAUCCCUCUCUGCCCAUACCUUCAUCCCUCUCUGCCCAUUCCUUCAUCCCUCUCUGCCCAUUCCUUCAUCCCUCUCUGCCCAUUCCUUCAUCCCUCUCUGCCCAUUCCUUCAUCCCUCUCUGCCCAUCCCUUCGUCCCUCUCUGCCCAAUCCUUCAUCCCUCUCAGCCCAUUCCUUCAUCCCUCUCUGCCCAUCCCUUCAUCCCUCUCUGCCCAUCCCUUCAUCCCUCUGUGCCCAUUCCUUCAUCCCUCUCUGCACAUUCCUUCAUCCCUCUCUGCCCAUUCCUUCAUCCCUCUCUGCCCAUUCCUUCAUCCCUCUCUGCCCAUUCCUUCAUCCCUCUCUGCACAUUCCUUCAUCCCUCUCUGCCCAUUCCUUCAUCCCUCUCUGCCCAUUCCUUCAUCCCUCUCUGCCCAUACCUUCAUCCCUCUCUGCCCUUUCCUUCAUCCCUCUCUGCCCAUUACUUCAUCCCUCUCUGCCCAUCCCUUCAUCCCUCUCUGCGCAUUCCUUCAUCCCUCUCUGACCAUCCCUUCAUCCCUCUGUGCCCAUUCCUUCAUCCCUCUCUGCCCAUACCUUCUUCCCUCUCUGCCCAUUCCUUCAUCCCUCUCUGCCCAUUACUUCAUCCCUCUCUGCCCAUCCCUUCAUCCCUCUCUGCGCAUUCCUUCAUCCCUCUCUGACCAUCCCUUCAUCCCUCUGUGCCCAUUCCUUCAUCCCUCUCUUCCCAUACCUUCUUCCCUCUCUGCCCAUUCCUUCAUCACUCUCUGCCCAUUCCUUCAUCCCUCUCUGCCCAUUCCUUCAUCCCUCUCUGCCCAUUCCUUCAUCCCUCUCUGCCCAUUCCUUCAUCCCUCUCUGCCCAUUCCUUCAUCCCUCUCUGCCCAUUCCUUCAUCCCUCUCUGCCCAUUCCUUCAUCCCUCUCUGCCCAUUCCUUCAUCCCUCUCUGCCCAUUCCUUCAUCCCUCUCUGCCCAUUCCUUCAUCCCUCCUUGCCCAUCCCUUCGUCCCUCUCUGCCCAAUCCUUCAUCCCUCUCAGCCCAUUCCUUCAUCCCUCUCUGCCCAUCCCUUCAUCCCUCUCUGCCCAUCCCUUCAUCCCUCUGUGCCCAUUCCUUCAUCCCUCUCUGCACAUUCCUUCAUCCCUCUCUGCCCAUUCCUUCAUCCCUCUCUGCCCAUUCCUUCAUCCCUCUCUGCCCAUUCCUUCAUCCCUCUCUGCACAUUCCUUCAUCCCUCUCUGCCCAUUCCUUCAUCCCUCUCUGCCCAUUCCUUCAUCCCUCUCUGCCCAUACCUUCAUCCCUCUCUGCCCUUUCCUUCAUCCCUCUCUGCCCAUUACUUCAUCCCUCUCUGCCCAUCCCUUCAUCCCUCUCUGCGCAUUCCUUCAUCCCUCUCUGACCAUCCCUUCAUCCCUCUGUGCCCAUUCCUUCAUCCCUCUCUGCCCAUACCUUCUUCCCUCUCUGCCCAUUCCUUCAUCCCUCUCUGCCCAUUACUUCAUCCCUCUCUGCCCAUCCCUUCAUCCCUCUCUGCGCAUUCCUUCAUCCCUCUCUGACCAUCCCUUCAUCCCUCUGUGCCCAUUCCUUCAUCCCUCUCUGCCCAUACCUUCUUCCCUCUCUGCCCAUUCCUUCAUCACUCUCUGCCCAUUCCUUCAUCCCUCUCUGCCCAUUCCUUCAUCCCUCUCUGCCCAUUCCUUCAUCCCUCUCUGCCCAUUCCUUCAUCCCUCUCUGCCCAUUCCUUCAUCCCUCUCUGCCCAUUCCUUCAUCCCUCUCUGCCCAUUCCUUCAUCCCACUCUGCCCAUCCCUUCAACCCUCUCUGCCCAUUCCUUCAUCCCUCUCUACCCAUACCUUCAUCCCUCUCUGUCCAUUCCUUCAUCCCUCUCUGCCCACCCUUCAUCCCUCUCUGCCCAUUCAUCCCUCUCUGCACAUUCCUUCAUCCCUCUCUGCUCAUCCCUUCAACCCUCUCUGCCCAUUCCUUCAUCCCUCUCUGCCCAUUCCUUCAUCCCUCUCUGCCCAUUCCUUCAUCCCUCUCUGCACAUUCCUUCAUCCCUCUCUGCCCAUUCCUUCAUCCCUCUCUGCCCAUUCCUUCAUCCCUCUCUGCCCAUACCUUCAUCCCUCUCUGCCCAUUCCUUCAUCCCUCUCUGCCCAUUCCUUCAUCCCUCUCUGCCCAUUCAUCCCUCUCUGCCCAUUCCUUCAUCCCUCUCUGCCCAUUCCUUCAUCCCUCUCUGCCCAUACCUUCAUCCCUCUCUGCCCAUUCCUUCAUCCCUCUCUGCCCAUUCCUUCAUCCCUCUCUGCCCAUUCCUUCAUCCCUCUCUGCCCAUCCCUUCGUCCCUCUCUGCCCAAUCCUUCAUCCCUCUCAGCCCAUUCCUUCAUCCCUCUCUGCCCAUCCCUUCAUCCCUCUCUGCCCAUCCCUUCAUCCCUCUCUGCCCAUUCCUUCAUCCCUCUCUGCACAUUCCUUCAUCCCUCUCUGCCCAUUCCUUCAUCCCUCUCUGCCCAUUACUUCAUCCCUCUCUGCCCAUCCCUUCAUCCCUCUCUGCCCAUUCCUUCAUCCCUCUCUGCCCAUCCCUUCAACCCUCUCUGCCCAUUCCUUCAUCCCUCUCCCAUUCCUUCAUCCCUCUCUGCCCAUUCCUUCAUCCCUCUCUGCACAUUCCUUCAUCCCUCUCUGCCCAUUCCUUAAUCCCUCUCUGCCCAUACCUUCUUCCCUCUCUGCCCAUUCCUUCAUCACUCUCUGCUCAUUCCUUCAUCCCUCUCUGCCCAUUCCUUCAUCCCUCUCUGCACAUUCCUUCAUCCCUCUCUGCCCAUUCCUUCAUCCCUCUCUGCCCAUACCUUCAUCCCUCUCUGCCCAUUCCUUCAUCCCUCUCUGCCCAUUCCUUCAUCCCACUCUGCCCAUCCCUUCAACCCUCUCUGCCCAUUCCUUCAUCCCUCUCUGCCCAUACCUUCAUCCCUCUCUGUCCAUUCCUUCAUCCCUCUCUGCCCACCCUUCAUCCCUCUCUGCCAGUUCAUCCCUCUCUGCACAUUCCUUCAUCCCUCUCUGCCCAUACCUUCAUCCCUCUCUGCCCAUCCCUUCAACCCUCUCUGCCCAUUCCUUCAUCCCUCUCUGCCCAUACCUUCAUCCCUCUCUGCACAUUCCUUCGUCCCUCUCUGCCCAUUCCUUCAUCCCUCUCAGCCCUUUCCUUCAUCCCUCUCUGCCCAUCCCUUCAUCCCUCUCUGCCCAUCCCUUCAUCCCUCUCUGCCCAUUCCUUCAUCCCUCUCUGCCCAUUCCUUCAUCCCUCUCUGCACAUUCCUUCAUCCCUCUCUGCCCAUUCCUUCAUCCCUCUCUGCCCAUUCCUUCAUCCCUCUCUGACCAUCCCUUCAUCCCUCUCUGCCCAUUCCUUCAUCCCUCUCUGCCCAUUCCUUCAUCCCUCUCUGCCCAUACCUUCAUCCCUCUCUGCCCAUUCCUUCAUCCCUCUCUGCCUAUUCCUUCAUCCCUCUCAGCACAUUCCUUCAUCCCUCUCUGCCCAUUCCUUCAUCCCUCUCUGCCCAUUCCUUCAUCCCUCUCUGCCCAUUCCUUCAUCCCUCUCUGCCCAUUCCUUCAUCCCUCUCUGCGCAUUCCUUCAUCCCUCUCUGACCAUCCCUUCAUCCCUCUCUGCCCAUUCCUUCAACCCUCUCUGCCCAUUCCUUCAUCCCUCUCUGCCCAUACCUUCAUCCCUCUCUGCCCAUUCCUUCAUCCCUCUCUGCCCAUUCCUUCAUCCCUCUCUGCCCAUUCCUUCAUCCCUCUCUGCCCAUUCCUUCAUCCCUCUCUGCCCAUUCAUCCCUCUCUGCACAUUCCCUCAUCCCUCUCUGCCCAUCCCUUCAUCCCUCUCUGCCCAUUCCUUCAUCCCUCUCUGCCCAUUCCUUCAACGCUCUCUGCCCAUUCCUUCAUCCCUCUCUGCCCAUUCCUUCAUCCGUCUCUGCCCAUUCCUUCAUCCCUCUCUGCCCAUUCCUUCAUCCCUCUCUGCACAUUCCUUCAUCCCUCUCUGCCCAUCCCUUCAUACCUCUCUGCACAUUCCUUCAUCCCUCUCUGCCCAUUCCUUCAUCCCUCUCAGCACAUUCCUUGAUCCCUCUCUGCCCAUUCCUUCAUCCCUCUCUGCCCAUUCCUUCAUCCCUCUCUGCCCAUCCCUUCGUCCCUCUCUGCCCAAUCCUUCAUCCCUCUCAGCCCAUUCCUUCAUCCCUCUCUGCCCAUCCCUUCAUCCCUCUCUGCCCAUUCCUUCAUCCCUCUCUGCCCAUACCUUCAUCCCUCUCUGCCCAUACCUUCAUCCCUCUCUGCCCAUUCCUUCAUCCCUCUCUGCCCAUUCGUCCCUCUCUGCACAUUCCCUCAUCCCUCUCUGCCCAUUCCUUCAUCCCUCUCUGCCCAUUCAUCCCUCUCUGCACAUUCCCUCAUCCCUCUCUGCACAUUCCUUCAUCCCUCUCUGCUCAUUCCUUCAUCCCUCUCUGCCCAUUCCUUCAUCCCACUCUGCCCAUUCCUUCAUCCCUCUCUGCCCAUUCCUUCAUCCCUCUCUGCCCAUCCCUUCGUCCCUCUCUGCCCAAUCCUUCAUCCCUCUCAGCCCAUUCCUUCAUCCCUCUCUGCCCAUCCCUUCAUCCCUAUCUGCCCAUUCCUUCAUCCCUCUCUGCCCAUACCUUCAUCCCUCUCUGCCCAUACCUUCAUCCCUCUCUGCCCAUUCCUUCAUCCCUCUCUGCCCAUUCGUCCCUCUCUGCACAUUCCCUCAUCCCUCUCUGCCCAUUCCUUCAUCCCUCUCUGCCCAUUCAUCCCUCUCUGCACAUUCCCUCAUCCCUCUCUGCACAUUCCUUCAUCCCUCUCUGCCCAUUCCUUCAUCCCUCUCUGCCCAUUCCUUCAUCCCUCUCUGCCCAUUCCUUCAUCCCACUCUGCCCAUCCCUUCAACCCUCUCUGCCCAUUCCUUCAUCCCUCUCUACCCAUACCUUCAUCCCUCUCUGUCCAUUCCUUCAUCCCUCUCUGCCCACCCUUCAUCCCUCUCUGCCCAUUCAUCCCUCUCUGCACAUUCCUUCAUCCCUCUCUGCUCAUCCCUUCAACCCUCUCUGCCCAUUCCUUCAUCCCUCUCUGCCCAUUCCUUCAUCCCUCUCUGCCCAUUCCUUCAUCCCUCUCUGCACAUUCCUUCAUCCCUCUCUGCCCAUUCCUUCAUCCCUCUCUGCCCAUUCCUUCAUCCCUCUCUGCCCAUACCUUCAUCCCUCUCUGCCCAUUCCUUCAUCCCUCUCUGCCCAUUCCUUCAUCCCUCUCUGCCCAUUCAUCCCUCUCUGCCCAUUCCUUCAUCCCUCUCUGCCCAUUCCUUCAUCCCUCUCUGCCCAUACCUUCAUCCCUCUCUGCCCAUUCCUUCAUCCCUCUCUGCCCAUUCCUUCAUCCCUCUCUGCCCAUUCCUUCAUCCCUCUCUGCCCAUCCCUUCGUCCCUCUCUGCCCAAUCCUUCAUCCCUCUCAGCCCAUUCCUUCAUCCCUCUCUGCCCAUCCCUUCAUCCCUCUCUGCCCAUCCCUUCAUCCCUCUCUGCCCAUUCCUUCAUCCCUCUCUGCACAUUCCUUCAUCCCUCUCUGCCCAUUCCUUCAUCCCUCUCUGCCCAUUACUUCAUCCCUCUCUGCCCAUCCCUUCAUCCCUCUCUGUGUUAGGAUUAAGGACGGAGUCUAGGUGAACUUAGGAGCUAGAAUUACUC